AAUCAAAGUCAAAUCAAUAUUGAUCAUAAACAUUAGAAAAUAGCAAAAAAAACAUAAAGUUUAAAUUAAGAAAUCGCAAUUUUAUUGUUAAUUAAAUAUAUCAAGUUGUACGUUGACUCUUUUUAAACAAAUUGUAUUAUUGAGCAUAAGAAUUCUCGAAAGUCAUGAAACCCUCGAUAGACAUAGAUGCGCUCCGCACGGAGCAUGAGUCGGAUGAACAGUGGGAAGUGCGACGAAGCUUCAUGCAGGAACACAAGGAGGAUUUUGAUGAAGAGGAACUCAUUACAUUGGCUCAGCUCUUCACAAAUAUCGAGUUUUUGGGUUGCAGGUACCCAGCGCAAACUAUGAAAAGGAUAGCCAAGUUAGCUGAAAAAGUAUCCGCUAAAUACAAGGAGAGCAGAAAGAACAAAUUGAAGCGUACAUUCGUCGAAGCCAGCGAUGCAGCCGAAGCUAAAGCCAAGAGGAGUUUUAAAUAAUUGUAGACGACGCUUAAUAAAAUAAAUAUAUAUAUAAUUCUCUAUCUUAUAAAAAAUCAAUUCAUUUAUCUAUGAAA